CACGGACUCAGGCAGCGCGAGCAACGUCGACGACAACGGCAAGAAACUAAAUCUGCAGCGACAGCGACUGCUGUCAGUGUCGUUCAAUUGCUUCUCAAUAUAAUUCAUGUCUCGCAUUCCUGUCCCGUCAUCUCACUCACCGUCCGCUAACAGGAGUCUCCAUCACGAUCGUGCUCCUUCUCCAGUCCCACCAGCACCCAAAUACUCUUCAUCAACAUCAAUGUCCAACUUAUCUGGUGUCUCACCGUCUGUUGCUGAUACGCGGAGAAAGCAGUCCAAACGCGACGAGGCCAUCCGGAAGAAAAUAGAAUCGGAGCUUGCCCGAAAACGUACCAUCUCGACAACGCAUCAUGCGGGUGGCCGUGGAAAACGUGCUGCAAAACCUGCUGUUGCGAAGGGCACGGUUGCUGCACUGAAGCCUACCCCUGCGCUCACUGUGCCUGAUAGUAUUACUGUCGCAGAGGCCAGUCAGCUAUGCGCAGCAAAGCGGACGGAUUGUGUCCUCGUCGUAGACGAUGAAGAGGGACUCAGCGGUAUUUUUACUGCUAAGGAUCUGGCAUACAGAGUUACUGCUGAUGGUCUUGACCCCCAUACCACCCCGGUCAGUCAGAUCAUGACCCGGAACCCGAUGGUCACCCGGGAUACCACCAGCGCGACCGAGGCUCUCCAGCUCAUGGUUCAACGUCAUUUCCGUCACCUGCCUGUUUGUAAUGAGGAAGGCAAUGUCGUUGGAUUGCUUGACAUCACCAAGGUCUUCCAUGAAGCACUGAACAAGGUUGAGCGUUCCUCGUCUGCAUCCGAGAAACUCUACACUGCUCUUGCGGGCGUGCAAUCCGAGCUUGGCCCAGGAAUGUCUUCUAACCCACAGGCUGCUGCUAUGCUUGCUUAUGUCGACGCUCUCCGCGAGAAAACCGCAUUGCCAGAUCUCACGACUGUCAUGGACUCGCGGACGCAACCUGCAACUGUGGCCAAGUUGAUGAAGGAGCGUCGUGUCACUGCUGUUUGUGUCAUGGAAAAUACGCCAGGUGUCGGUGAUUCCUACACCAAGAUCGCCGGUAUCUUCACAAGCAAGGACAUUGUCCUGCGCGUCAUCGCUGCGGGUCUGGAUGCGGGCAUAUGUAGCGUUAUCCGUGUAAUGACCCCUCAUCCUGACACUGCUCCUCCUACCAUGAGCGUACACGACGCGCUCAAGAAGAUGCAUGAUGGCCACUAUUUGAACUUGCCUGUUGUCGAGAGCGACGGACGGUUGGUUGCCAUCGUUGAUGUUCUGAAGCUCACAUACGCCACCCUGGAGCAGAUGAAUGCCAUGAGCACGGAAAAUCCUGGUGAAUCUGUGGAAGCCGAAGGCGGACCAAUGUGGGGCCGUUUCUUCGACUCUAUUGGUGGUCACGAUGAUACCGAGUCUGUCGUCUCUGGUUCGCAUGUCCCCACCGACGGCGUUUCUCUCUCUACGCAUAACAUCACCCGCCUUCAGCAGUCCCCGCACUCCGAAGUGCAUCCGAACGACUCUGCCUCCGUGGUCGACGAGCACGAAUCUGGACUCGAGGGCUACUCGCGAAAGCGCAAGGGUACAAUUCCAGCCAUCACAGGCGCGACUUCCAGUGUGCCAAUAGACGAUGGAACGUAUGUCUUCAAAUUCCGCACGCCAAGUGGGCGCACCCAUCGGUUCCAGGCGCGACACGAUAGUGUCGAGAUGUUGCGCGAAAUCGUGCAAGGCAAGCUUGCAACGGACCCGUUCUUCACCGAAUUCGCAGGCUCACCCACCGAGCGGCCCGACCCUGAAGAUUUCACGUUAUCGUACACGGAUGCGGAUGGGGACACAGUGCUCAUCACGAGCGACACGGAUAUCGCGGAUGCGGUGAAGAUCGCGCGGUCGGCGGGCUCGGAUCGGGUUGUGCUAUUCAUCCAGGGCGGGAAGCACUGGAUCGAGGCUGGCGCAGAGAAGAGUGAGGCGAAGGCCGCGGAGGUGAAUGCAGCUGCGAAGGAGGAAGAGAAGGAAGUCGAGAAGGCAGAGGCUGUAACAAUCCCCGAACCUGUUGUGACUCCCCCUGCAAAGGCAUACAUACCACCGCAGGAGGAGCUGGUGAUGGGCAUGCCGAAGGAUUUGUUGCUCCCUGCGAGUAUCGGUGCACUUGCUGUCGUGAUCAUCGCGGUGUUUACCAUCUCGAGAUUGGCACAUGACUGAAGAGUCAAGUACGGAGAAGGUUUACUGUGUCUAUCGAUGCUUUUUUACCCUAAGGAACUCAUUAGACUGUUCACUUCAGAUCGUGAUUUAUAUAUACAGGAUCGGACCUUGUCGUCAAACCUGCCUUUCACUCCUUUGCGUGUACGACUUGUUUAUGAAUUUAUCACGAAUUUUGCGAGCGAAUUCACUUGCGCCUCGAUAUAAAUAUUGUAAUGCCUAUUCGUCCCUCUGUUUGCUGAAAUAAUAGAUUUCAUCUUGCUACAGACCAUACAUGGUCAUACAA